GAAAUCGCCACCUUCAGCAAUGGCCAGGUCCAGACCGUACCAAGGGGUUCGAGUCAGAGACCCAGUCAAAGAGCUGCUGAGGAAGAAGAGGAGUCUGGAUCCUCACAGCACCAAGACAGCCCCCGCAACCGCAGAUGUGGUCACACACAACAUCCAGUCAUCCUACACACAAGGCCUGUUUGGUCCUGACGUUGCUGGCAGCUCCCCAGCAGAGACAGCGCCUGCAGUGGGAGAUCUGCAGCAGUUUGCAGGAUGGAGAGCUGCCCCACCUGCCCCCAGUGCUGGCCUGCAUCCUGCUGUAGCACCCUGGGCUUCUUCUGACUUCAACCAGCAGGACCCUUCAGCCCAGACUCUGGCCUACGCACCGACCCCCACCCGCACUGCUGAUGUGUACAUGCAGACUCUAUGUCCAAGCUAUACCAUGCUUACCUACACACACACACCACUGCUCACUAACUUUGGGCCCAUAUCUGUGGCCCCAACACAAGGCUCCCUCCCGCAGAUGGAGCUCCCAGACUCGGCGCUGACCUAUCUCCCCUGGGCCCAGCCCAUCACCACCAUAUCUGCCAUGCCCAGCUCUGGGGUCCAGUUUGCCUCUGGCUCCUCAGCCCUGCCUGGGUCCCCUCUGGUCCACAUGCCGCUGUCCAUGUCUCUGACCACCAUGUUCCCUCAGCUGGAGGCUCAGGGUUUACAUCCUCAGAUACAGCCACAGAUACUGGAGAUGCCCCAGCGCUCAGAACACCAACUGGACCCUGAGCCACAGGAUGAUGAAGGUCCAGGGGCUGAGUCAGAGUCACCAAGUCUUCUGGAUAAACUUCUGGAGGAACAAAAGGGUGACGGCGAAGAAGAGGACAAAGACUCGUACAGCAGCUCAAUUUUCAUUCCAAAUGUCUGAAAAUAUGAGCAAUCUGUUGUCCAUAGUGAGCAGCAUCUUUGUCAACAUUAAACAAUAUAUAUAUAUUUGUUUUUACAACUUAAAUAAGUGGGCAAUUCCUCCCUGAAUGCAAUACAACACAAUAUAUUCUGUUCAUUUGUAAAACUUUUAAUAUGCACCACGAAAAACAUAUCAAAUGGUAAAUGAUAUCAAACUAAUGGAAGUUUUUUAAUGUUUUAAGAUAUUUUAUAAAUGCUGUGUAAGAUGUAAAUACUUUUCUUAUUGAUAUUUGUUGGCAGCUGUUUCCUUUUUGUUUUUUUUGUUUCCUUUUCUGUUUACCUGUCAUUGAAAACAGGAAAGAUAUGCUAUUGUCACGGUUAAUAGGAGUUAUGUUGCAGUUUUCUAAGAAACAGUCACAGUGUUGUUCAUCUUCUCAAAGCCUUUAGGUGUGCUGUGCUUUACUGAUACAAUCUUUCAAUAGCUGUUUCAGUUGGGAGCCCGGAGAAUGUUUUUACUAGAUGAUGAUUUGGACCAGAGGAAGAGCAGGGCUAAUUCUUGUUCGAGCAAGUUGACCACAGAGGAUGAAAGAUUACAUCGAAAGCACCAUACCGACCAUCAGUAUUUGUCUGUACCAUCAGAAGUAUUAAACAGCACAACAUGGAUUUUUUUUAACAGAAGGAUAUAUACAGUAAUGAGAAAAAUGAUUAGGAGCAGGUUAGAAAGCACCAUGGAUUUGGGAUUUCUGUAAUGAAGAAUAACAGAUUUCAGCCUUCAAUAGUCAAUUUUGGAGUUAACAAAGAUCACUGAACACAAGUUAAAUUGAAACGGAAUGACGCUGGAUCUUUAUGUCAAAUGUCAAAUAAUAUAUUGCAGAUUUAUUCUUCGAUUCACCCGAAAGCAAUUUGCAACAAAGGUGCCAUGCAAAAAUGUAAUUUCUAUAAAAGAGAUUCAGCACAUUGUCUGGUGGGGAAGGAUAAGACAGGGCAAAUCAAACCAUUAUUAUAGUAAAAAGCCAACUGACUGUUAAAAUAUAAGGAAGUGUUUCUGCUUUUUUAAAGUUGUUGUUCAAGCACACAUUUAAAAGGAAGUGUUAGUUCAUUAGUUACAACAGAGUUCAUUUUACAUUUUACUAUAGGGUGAGAAUUAUCGUCGUAGGCUUAAGAGUCUCGGGUUUUUCCCUAGGGGAAACUGACAUUGUGAGUGGGGGUGCAAUGCUCUGUGAAAUUCCACACCUGGAAACACCUGAGAUUGUAUCACAGGGGGAACAAAAUGUGCCGGGCCUGCUCCUGUGAUGGGAACAUGUGAAACAUUUUUACCUUUGGCUCUGUUUUUUUCAUGCAGAAUUGUGAAAACAAAACACAUGCCAUGAGUUGGAAUUAAAAUGACGGACAAGUCAAUUGAAUUGUCAUGCUUAAUAGGUUUGCAUGAAUUCCGGGUUUCUGAGUUCAUGAUUUUAUCUAAGAAUGAACGUAACUAACUCAAGUUGUUUAUUUCGAACAUUAAUAUGCAGUAAAAUACCAUGGCAACAUGUGAAAUGUCAUUAAAUC